AUGUCUCCUUCAGCAGUUGAGUCCGUCCAGCAGACGGUUGACGAGAUCAAGACCAAGGUCCUCCCUAUUCAGCAAAAGUCCGCCGCCAUCGAGACCGAUAGUCUUGAGGCGGAGAGUCUUCCCAAGAGAUUCGAGGAUCAUAAGGAGCCCCUUGAGCUCAGUGGUGCUCUCGAACAAUUCGAGAACUUUGAGGUCACCCCUGUUAUCGGUCGCGAGUAUGUCAACGUCGAUCUCGUGGAGUGGCUGCGCGCCCCCAACUCUGACGAGCUCCUGAGGGAUCUUGCCAUUACCAUCUCCCAACGCGGUGUUGUCUUCUUCCGCAAGCAGGACAAGCUCACCGACGACCUCCAGAAGGAACUCGUCGACAGACUAGGCAAGCUCGCCGGCAAGCCCGCGACUUCGGGCCUUCACAUCCACCCCAUCAGCAACGCCAGCCGCGAGCAUGGUGUCCAAGACAACGAAAUCAGCGUCAUCUCCUCCGCGCAAGCCAAGUCGCUGUACAAGGACAAGUACUUGUUCAAGGGUUUCGGUGUCAAUAGCGGCCGCCAGAGCGCCAAGGACCAAUGGCACUCGGAUAUCACCUUUGAGCCCAUUCCCAGCGACUAUGCCCUCCUGAGGCUGGUGCAGCUCCCCAAGACCGGUGGCGACACCCUCUGGGCCUCGGGAUACGAGCUCUACGACCGCAUCUCGCCCACUCUGCGCUCCUUCCUUGAUACCCUCACCGCCUACUAUGCCCAGCCCCUGUUCAACGAGGCUGCCAAGCGCAACAACUUUAGCAUAUACAGCGGCGAGCGCGGCGCUCCCGAGAACGUGGGCGAGAUCCUUGAGGCCAUCCACCCCGUCAUUCGCACCAAUCCCGUCACCGGCUGGAGGUCAGUUUAUGCAGUCGGCCACCACUGCCAGCGCAUCCACGGCCUGACCGACGAGGAGAGCAAGCAUUUCCUUAACUGGUUCGUCCAGCUCAUCGUCCAGAACCAUGACCUGCAGGUGCGCCUCAAGUGGCAGAACCCCAACGAUGUUGCCAUCUGGGAUAACAGGAGCGUGUACCACGCUGCCACGCCCGACUAUGUCUUUGAGGAGGGUCUCGGUGAGCGCAAGGGCAACAGGGCGGUCAGCCUGGGGGAAAGGCCGUACUUUGAUCCUCAGAGCACCAGCAGGAGGGAGGCGCUCAGUGUCAAGUCGCGACUUGGGCUGUGA